CAAACAUUUGGCUUUGCAUUAAGCCCAGGGUGGGACUAAACAAUUUGUUGAGGAAGGUAAAAAGAAAAGAGAAAUGGAGGAAGCUAAUCCAAAUCCGCUCAAUAAUUUGACACCCAAGCCGACGAAGGCGGUGACGCCACCAGCGGGGGGAGGUGCAAGCGCAAGCCCAAUUGCAGCAUCAGCAACAGCGCGUAAGAGGCGGAAAACUGGCACUCCAGAGAGUGUUUACUUCUACGACUCCAAAUAUGCUAAAAUCCGUACCACGCUUAGAGAAUUACGUCCUGUCUUUAUUGAGAUCCUAAAAACUCCUGACUAUCGCAGCAGUAGACAUGCAUUGGAAGUAUGUAAAGGGAUGCGACAGAUGAUGGAGUUGUGCAAACAGCUGAGAACUGAGACUUGCAUGCUAGGAAAGAAUAAAAGAUCGGAUUGCACACCUGCAGCCGGUGAGAGUGUGGACAAUCAGAGUAACAAGCGUCAAAAGGAGGAAACAUCUCAAGAGACCUUCUUAGUAGGCGGUUCACCGAUUGGAUGGAAUUUUAUUUGGUUUUUCAAGAGAGAGACAAAGUCUACCGCCACUCUUUAGAUCAGCCUUCGACAGUGUGAUUUGGCUUGACAAUGAAGAUUAACUGUGCAUCUAUUUGUUUUUGUGGGACAUAUAUUUAACAUCAACCUGGCUUUAAAGACGCGGUCAUCACAAUCAGGAUAACAAUUAUUUUGCUCCAUGAUCAGGAGAAGCAGGUUGAUGCUUAAGAGAUUAUGGUACCUCAAAUAUUUUGGACUCCUGCAGUUGGGUCCAAAGAUCAAUGAGACCACUGAAAUCUCAUAAACUUAACAAAUCUUGUAGUAUUAGUAUACAAAAUUCGAAAAAUUUAUUGUUGCUUUUUUCUGUAUUUCUACAAGGGUGAUAAAACAUGUUUCUUGA